AUGAAUAAAAAAAACAAUGGAAAAAGUAAAUCGGGGGAAGAAAUUGUUAAGAAUAAAAUUCCUAACGAAAUGAAUAGCACAGAAAGUAAUAGUACCACCAAAACAUGCAAUACUAAGAAUAUAACUAAUAAAUCAAGUAUUGGAAAAACUUAUGAUAUUAGCUCUUACAAUCUACAUAAAUAUAGUACUCCUGAAACAGUAAUUCCAAAUGAGCAUAAUAUGAUAAAUACCUAUUCUUAUGAUAAGGAUUAUGCAGCGAAUGUACCAAAACAAAACACAUUACCUUAUUCUUACAAUAAUACCACCCACAAUUAUAAUAAGUAUCAAUCUAAUUGUCCAAAUAACCUACCAAAUAAUUAUUACCCCAAUUCAAAUGGUAGUCCUUACUUAAAUGAAAAAUAUGGUUUGUAUAUUAACGGGAGUAACGAUAAAAAUAAUGCUUAUAACUCAUAUACAAACCCUGCAUGUAAUAUUUCAAACCAACAAAAUGGCAAAUAUUCGUAUAUGAAACAAAUGUCACAUAAUUACCCAAAUAUUAUUAACUUAUCUGAUAAGCAUCGUCGCAGAAGUGAAAAUCGUCAUUUAUUUUCAACAAAAAAUAUAUUGCCUCCAAAAUAUAGUAGAUAUAGAAAAAUGAAUGAAGAAGGACUUUAUAUGAAUGCAUACAAUUUUAAUCCCAAUCCAAAUCCCAACUCUUAUGGUUAUCAAAAUGCUAUUAAUUUUCCAUUGGAAAGGAAUGAAUAUAAUUCGUUAUGUCACCCAGGAUAUUCAAAUUAUCGUGAUGAAUAUCCACAUAUAAAUAAUUUUAAGUUUAGAAAUAUUCCUCGAGAAUUUUAUUAUUUAAGAAACGAUGAGCAAGAAGAUGAUGAGUGUCCUUAUUUAAAAAGAGGGAUUGGUUGUUCUUUAGGUGAUUGUAAAUCAGGAUUAGAUAAAUGUUCGUCUAAACCCGAAUAUGAAUAUAUAAUUCAAGGACCAAAUUUUUCACAUAUAAUUGAUAAUAAAUCUUCCCAAAGAUGUGAUGUGUUCAAAAAAGUAACAUUAAAAGUAGGAACAUAUUUAGACAAUGCUGUAAAUAUAGUGAUAGAUAUGUUAGAGAAUUCAUAUAAAUCUAUAGCAAAGAAUAAUAAUACCAACGUUUACGAUUUAUACCCGUUUUAUAACCCAGAUCCAGAUUAUACUAGAAAAGAACGACCAACAUUAAAAACUGGACACAAUUUACUUGAUAAAAUAAAUUCCGCAUUAGAUGGAUCUACAUUAGAAAAACAUAAAAAGCUUCCAAAAAAUUUUGGGCGAAUUGCCGUUCCUAAAACACAAGAAACAGGUAGUAUGGUUGUAGAUGGGAUAAAUAGUAUGCUAGAUAAUUUAUUAAAUGAGCCUAUGUCUUAUCAAAAAUACGAUUAUUAUAGUGAUAAGUACAAUAAUGUGAAAGAUGUAAAUGAGAAACCUCUAUAA